AUGAGUUUACAAGCUGAGUGGAAGGCAAGGAGAUCCAUGUGCAAGACUCUUUUGUAUGUGGAGCUUGUGUUUCUGCUUCUUGUGCUCUUCUGUAGCGGAACGGCACAAAGCUCUUUCACGAGGAGGGGAGGACCAAAGCGAAAAUUUCUGUUCAGACAAGGUAAGACAUCAGUACCCUUUGAAGAGGACAAUGGAACUAUCACGAAAAGGGUUGUCCACUCGUUUCGAAUUCCCAGCCUUGUUGAGGUGAAUGGUGUGCUUGUUGCCAUUGCGGAUGCCCGGUACAUCUCUGGUGAUGAUCAAUCCUUUAUUGAAACUGUUGUGAAGUACAGCGUGGACGGCGGUAGCACGUGGAAGACGCAGAUUGCAAUCAAGAACAGUCGCGUGAACGUGAACCGCUCUCGUGUGAUGGACCCGACGGUCAUUGUCAAGGGAAACAAGUUAUACGUCACUGUUGCAGGGUUUUAUGAGUCGCCUCACAACUGGGUUCAACAGCCUGAUGGAAGCGAUUGGUAUACACUGUUGGCUAUUGGUGAGGUGAAUAAGUGGACUGUGAAUGGGAAACCAAUUGCAUCGAUCACGUGGACGAAGCCUGUCUCUCUGAGUUCCAUUUUGCCCAAGUGGGUAGAUGGAGUGCGAACAAAACAGUUUAUUGCUGGUGUGGGUCCAUCGAUAGUGACAUCAAAUGGAACCCUUCUGUUCCCUGUUCAGGUGUCAAAUUUCGAUAAACGCGUUUCUGUUUCAAUGAUCUAUUCAGUGGAUGACGGUGCGACGUGGGCGUUUUCAAAAGGGUUCACUCCUUAUGAUUGUACUGAGUCUGCUGUUGUUGAGUGGGAGGAGGGGAAACUAAUUCUGAACAGUCGUCGCGACAACGGUUACCGCAGGGUAUUCGAGUCAUCUGACAUGGGAGAGACGUGGAAAGAAGCACUAGGGACGCUGUCUCACGUCUGGGGUAACUCGCCUUCACGUACUGGUCCUGGAUGCGAAGCUGGCUUCAUUGCUGCGACGAUUGAGGGGAAGCGUGUGAUGCUUUUCACUCACCCACUGAAUUUCCAAGGAGCUUAUAAUCGCGACCGACUCCACCUUUGGAUGACAGACAACCAACGCAUUUUUGACGUUGGGCAGAUUUCGCAUGGGGUUGAGAAAACUCCCUAUAGCUCUCUGCUUUACACCGACGACAAACUGUUCUGCCUGCACGAAAUCAAGACCGAAGAUGAAAUUUACAGCAUCGUUUUAUCAUACCUUGAAAACGAGCUGCAGCUGAUGAAGUCCGUGUUGACCUCUUGGAAAGAUCAGGAUGAAUACCUUUCGGGUAUUUGCCCCUCCGCUGCAUCUGUGGUCCCAUCGCAGAAGGGUGAAUGCAAC